AUGGAGGCGCGCCUUUGUCUUGAUCAUGUCAGGCUCUUGGACGACGAUUAUCCACAAAGCAGUGGAGUGGAAGAGAGCGAAGUGGAGUCAGAAAGAGAGACAGACGAAUAUCAGUCACGCAUGGAUAAGAUUGCGGCAGAGAUUGCAAGAUUGGAACAGGAAGCUCUUUUGACAAAGCUCAAGGCCGAGCAAGCUCUCUUGGAAAAAGAUGCCUUCCUGGCAGGCCAACCAUCUCAAAAGUCACCCUCCAAGAGAAAGAAGAAGACCCGAUCUACGCCCAAGAAACCAACACCAACCGCCAGCUAG